CCUGAUAUAAAUUUAGAUGCGAAGCGAAAUUUGUUUUUGCUUCUUUAUAAAUAAUAAUUUAAACUGCAAAGUAAAAUGAGCGAUCCCGAGGACCUAGAACUGCAGGUGAACGCGGAUGAGAUGUGCCGUAUUUGUCUUGGACAGUUUACUAAUAAUCAAUUGAAACCGAUUUUCUGUAAUGAGAUUAUUGAAGGAAAAAUCAUACCUCUUCCAAAAGUAAUGGAAGUCUCUCUGUCCAUAAAGCCUGUGAAGAACGAUAUAUUUCCAAAUCACAUUUGCGUGAGUUGUAAAACCAAAAUGAAAGAGUUGUUUUCGUUUAAAGAGAAAGCAGUCAAUGCACAAAAUUUACUGUUUGAAAUAUUUGGAGUGAAAGAUUCUCCGAUGUUUUUGAAAGAAGAGAAGGUUUCAUUGGGAACGCAAACCGAUAUGAUUUAUCUUCGCGAAACAGAUAAAAGUAUAUACAGCAGCUUUCUUAUUAUAGAUAAAAAUUCAAAACCUGCACUCAAAGAUGUCUCCACUCAGUUAACUACUGUGACGAAAGAAUUUUCACAAAAUUGCAAUACUGUAAAGAAACGUCACGCCUCAGUUCAAGUGGAGCAACCCAAGGUAGAUAUGAAAGAUUUUGGAACAAACGUAGACUUUGGAAUAGCAGUGUUACCCUCCGUGACUAAACUGCAUGAGAGUGAUUAUUCCGAUUUGGAUGUAAUCUAUGAGAGUGAAGAAGACCCAAACUCUGACGCUCAAGUUGGCUUAGUUGAAUUGCUUGAUGAACUUUCCGAGCCAGAACAAAUUAAGCAAAUCGAACAACAAUCUCUCAUAAACGAAGCAUCAAAUGCGGGAUUAUAUAAAAUAACAAACCUUGACGUAAACCAGGACCAGAACGAGUAUGUUUCAUAUGAGGCUCUUGAUGAAAUCAACUACCAACCACCUCAGAAAUCCAAAAAAGGACACAAGAAAACCACAAUAGUAACAAAACCGGAGUACGAGUGUAGUUAUUGUCAGUAUACUACUGAUAAUAAAGUGUUAUUUGACGAACACAACUCCAUUCAUCAACAAAGCCUAGAAAGUAUUUUUGAAAAGUGCAACUAUUAUCGAUGUAUGACAUGCAAGAGUGUUUUCGCAACAUCUAUCGAGUUAGGAACACAUUUUCAAUCUAGUCAAUGUGUUGGUAUAGAUGGUAAUGAUUUAGUUCAAUCUGAGGACGUAAUUAGGCACGAACAAAUUUACAGCAGAUUAGAUGUUUGUCUGCCAAGCAUGAAAACAUUUUAUCAAGAUGUAGGAUCACAAAUAAUAUGCAUCCAGUGCAAGAUGCCAUUCAAGACCUUAUCUGAUGCCUUACAACAUCAUAACACAAGUCAUAACGUAGAGAAUGACUUGAACCUGGAAGUUGGUAAGUUAUGGAAAGCAAAUGAAUUCGACCAGGUUCAUAUAUGCGGAGUUUGUCACGAUCAAUUUGCUGAUGCUAGCUUCAUCCGGCAGCAUGUGUACUUCCACCGAACGAGGUUCGAGUGUCCGUUUGAUUGUAAAGAACGUUUUGGAGACUUUUUCAAAAUGACGGUUCACAUAGGUCGAUGGCAUUUAUCUGGUUCUGGCAAAGGAACAUCAUCGUCAUUGCCGAUUCCCUCGAAAGAUAAUUCACAGAUCGAUCUAGUUUGUCAUAUAUGUUUUAAACAAUUUGACACAAAAGCUUCGUACAAAUCACACACAAAGAAUCAUUUUGCUGAUCGUCGUUUCACUUGUACGAUGUGUUCGAAGGCAUUUAUCCAGAAGUCGGACCUUAUAAUUCACAUACGCUCGCAUACAGAUGAACGUCCUUUCCCCUGCACUGUCGCAGGUUGUGAUAAAAAAUUUCGAACGACUAGUCACAGGCGAGAUCAUAUGUCAACACAUGCCUUGGAGAAGAAUUUUCAAUGCGAUAUUUGUCAAAAAUAUUUCAAAGCAGAACGAAUUUUACAGGGACAUUUACGGUUACACUCUGGUUAUAAGCCAUUUGAGUGCGGACAGUGUGGCAAGAGUUUUAGUAGAAAACACCACGUUAAGCUCCACAUGAAAACACACGGUCUAACGUAAGGAAUCCAAUUGUUUGAGAGAUAAAUGAAUUAUGUUUUAG